UAAAGUGAUUAUGUGACAUAAUUUUUUUAAAACCUUUAUAUAAUUCUACUUAUUGAAAUGGAAGAUUCCCAAGACAUUCAAGACACCAACGGCAACGGGGAUUUUUUAAUCAAUUUUGAAGAUCCGGUGUCAGAUUAUAGCAAUUUGUCACAAACCUUCAUUGCCUGUCAUCAAACGACAGAUGAUAACAUGCCUGUCCAUGGCCACAUAUCUUCGUCAAUCCUUGCUCCAUCAACGUCACAGACCAUUGGUGAUGUCAACAGCAAUGUUGCCCUCGGUAACAUAACUAUCAACGCUGGAGAUUCAACAACCGUGCCUCGUGAAUCUGGAAUCAUUCUUUUGGGCAGAGGAAACAGUUUCAGCUUGGGCAGGUCGGAGGCCAUCGUGUUGAAUAACACAAGGCAGAAAAGACAGGCCAACAAUCUUGAGGGUGUUAUUAAUUCUAGGACUGCUAACAUUGUUGAGGGAAACACUGAUUUUAACGGGUCUCACAUUGUUGAGGGAAACGCCAACCUAAGCGGGUCUCAUGGCCCUGCUCCUCCAACAAUUUCGAAUGGUGAACGACAAGUACCGAAACCAAAUGGGGUUCAAAAUGCAACAUCUGCUGGUCAUUUCGAUGAACUGGAAAUGCUGUGGCGCAAGGUCGAGUCCAUCAUGGCUGCCAAACAAGGAGUUGUCCAGCAGGUGUUGGGUGAGUUUGGCAUAGGUGGGGCUGGAGGAGGGGGAGAGAAGGAUGAGCAGAGAGUGACCGAGGAGGAAAGUGUGUGGAAGGUGCUGCAAGACAAUUUUCAAGUUUGAAUUUUUUUUUAGAAAUAUGGGAAAAAAAGAUCAUUCCAAUUUGUUUUGUUGCUGCAGACUAAAAAAAUAUGGUUGUUGCUGCAGACUAUACCUAAAAUGUGUUGUUGCUGAUGCAUUGACAAAAGCCUGGUAUUUUUAAAGUUUCAGUUAAGAAUUAAAUGUAAAAUGUAAUUUACUGUAAAGACUAUUUACCAGUACUUGGCACAAAUUCAAUAUGAGGAAGAAGGGGGAAAAAAGUGGGUGGGGGGUGUUUUUAAAGGUGAAUGAUGGGGAAACAAAAUAAGCUUGUAUAGUACUACUAAUGUUGUUCUGUACCGAGAAUGAACAGUAGACAGGUCAAGUGCAUAAUGUUGCCUGUGCAUUUCAUCAUUUCAUUCGCAGAGUUGUGUAUUUAAACAUUAUUACUCUUUUUGUUUGUUCCAUCCACAUCCUCCCCAGAUUUAGAUGUAUACAUACAAUUUUCAUCAAAUAUUUAUUGGCCAAUGAUGUUGUAUUAUUAAAGUCUUAAAAGUUUUUUAAAAAUUAAAAAAAAAAAUAAUAAUAAAAAUUUUGAAAUCUUUAAAAUAAAUUUGACAAGGAAUGAAAUGUUAACGUUUUUCUCAACCUGUACUUUGUGAACCUAUAUCUUAAGCUGCAUUGUAAAUUAUUAACUAAAGUAUCAAACAUAUUUAUCAUAACAAACCUUGUGGAGAAAUGUGUAUACUGAUUCAAUUAGAUAUUUAUAACCAGCCACAAACAGUAUAUAUAAAGCAAUCAAUUCAAGUUGUUUUUUUUUUAGAUAAAUCUUUACAAUCAUUUUAUAAAAGCUGAAGCAAUCAACAUUCAAAGGGAAUUUAAGACUUAUGAAAAGAAAAUUUGACCGGAGCAGUUGUCCUUCCCCGAAGAGUUCUCUAAGGCUUUGUCAGAUUAUUUAAAAAAUUAAAAUUUUUCAAAUGCGAGGAAUUCAUGUAUUGGUAAUGCUGGACUUGCACUAUUAAUUAGUUGAUUGGUAUAAACUAACUUUGCUUUCAGUGCUAAAAUUGUUGUAGUUGAAAAUUAUGAUUUUGUGUCUUGGGUAAUUCGUCUUUAUUAACUUAAGGAACAAACCUCAGACUGACAUAUGUAACUGUGUGUAACAAAUUAUAAAUAGAUUUAACCCUGUGCUCUGUUCAGAAGUUGAUCUUAAAUGUGCUGGCUUAUUGGGGAUGACUGCAUUGCCAGAAUAUUUUUAAGAAUUUGCUUUUUCAAGUAGUUAGUCAAAAUAAAACAUUUUUGUAACUCUAGAAAUUCUAUUAAAACUACAUUUCAAAUAUUUAAAUUUAUUG